AGAAGAAGUGCAUCAGCGCAAAAAAGUGGAUUUGUGUUUUUAGCAAUAAAGCUGCAGAGCAUUUUAGCAAACCAACAUGUCUUUUUUCAUUAAAACCAGACCCCGUGAACAAACCGACGGAGGAUGAAGUGGCAGCUGAGUUCUUUUUAUACCAUUAAACCCUACAGCCACCUGCGUGAUCUGCAGGCAGAAAGUUUACUUUAAUGAAUUCAACCUGAAGCGGCAUCACAAUGAGAAACGCUCCGAGAAAUAUAGUAUGUCCAGCAGAGAGAAGAAGAGGUGGAAAGUGUCCGAGGAGCUUGGAGCGCACUUCAACAGGAUUUUUCGUCGGAGUAGAAACUAAGUAAAAGAGCUGAACCCAAACAGUUGCUGAUAGUUUGUUCGCUGUUGAUGAACCGCUGGUUUUCUCGACACUAAACGCAAAAAACAUGCCAAGUCUAAAGCUGAUAUCUGCAACAGACACACAGUAUUCAGCAGGCGUGCUGAAGUCCAUGAACGAGCAGCGAUGUCAUGGAUUGUUCUGUGAUGUCACCAUUAUUAUACAGGACAAGAAAUUCAGAGCUCACAAAACAAUCCUGUCAGCCUCGAGCACGUACUUCCACCAGCUCUUCAGUGUCGCUGGACAAGUGAUCGAGUUGAACUUCAUCAGACCACAAGUGUUUGAGGAGAUCCUCAACUAUAUUUACAGUUCUAAGAUUGUCCGUGUUCGUUCCGAUAUGCUCGAGGAGCUUAUCAGUGCCGGACAGAUACUGGGGGUCAAGUUCAUUGCAAAUUUGGCUGCACCUUUAUCUGAAGUUAAAGGUCUGCCUGGUUUGUCGAAGGACACAGAAAGCAAAAGUGACACAGCCACAGAGAUGAUGCCAAUCAUCACGGAGUCAUUCUCAAUAUCCGCGGAGGAAUUCAAUCAGACAAACAAACCUGCAGGUACCGAUGAUGACUCAGACAGUGAUGUAAUGUUUGUCUCACAUACAGAUGCUGUACCGAAGGCGACCGAUCGGAAAGUCAGCUCUGGUGAGGUUAUUGAUUUAGAUAAAGUUCGUUCAGGAGACGUGAAAUCAAACCAAAAGGUAGAGUCAAAUAAUGCAGUUGAAAAACAAGAAGAAAAAGCCACACCCCCAUCGACAACACCUGCUGUAAAGCCCCCCAGCAGCAGCUGUCCUAACCCCAGUUUGCUGGACAGCAGCCCUCUGUGCAGCCCGGACAGCAGCUCCAACAACUCGUCUUCCCCUGCCAGAGUUUCUUCAGGAAGUGCUCUCACAACACCAGCCCCAUCGAGCAGUUUCCCCCCUGAGCCGUCGAGUGCCUCUCAGCCGUCUGAGAACAGUGAUAUCAUGGGAGUCCACAAGAAGCAGGUCUCCGCUUCGUCUCGGCAAGGGGAUUUCAAACUACGGCUCCUCGACGUGUCUCAAAGCUCAGCAAUUCAAAGCAACAUUCCUAAACCUGCUGUAGCGGCAAAAAAGACAGUGACACUCAAUACCGCCACAGAAAUCGAUUCUAUUUCAUCAGGCUGCAAAGUGUAUGCCAAUAUUGGAGAAAAUACUUAUGACAUUGUCCCAGUGAAGGAAGAUCCGGGGGAAGGAGGCUCUAAAGCCAGUAAUGGGAAGAGAUCAUUAAUGGCAACACCCUUAAAGCCUUUAGAUAAAACACCCGCAUCACCCAAGGCCGGACCAAACAAGAAGAAGACCAAAACGGAGCUGGAGGAUCACUACGAGCUCAUCAUGGACGGGAAGACUUUCUACGUGUGCAUCGUCUGUAAGCGGCCCUACGUGUGUCUGCCGAGCCUCCGCCGCCACUUCAACACCCACUCGUGGGAGAAGAAGUAUCCGUGUCGCUACUGUAACAAGGUGUUUGCCCUGGCCGAGUACAGAACUAAACAUGAAAUCCACCACACAGGAGAGCGGAGGUACCAGUGCUUGUUGUGCAAUGAAAUGUUCAUAAACUACCAGUUGCUCUCUGGUCACUGCAAGCAAGUCCACAAUCAGGAUCCCAGCGGGCGGAAGGAGAAAGACGACGGCGACAACAACUUGUACCGCCUGCUGCCGUGUAAGACCGUGCAGAUGAAGUCGUACUCGUGGCUCACCGACGGGCAAGGGGUCCCCGUCAUAUCCGAGGACGGCAGCGUGCACCACAUAAGCAGCGUUGGAGAAGCCGUCCACUCUUCCACUCAAACCAGGAUGUUGAACUGGGACGACAUCUUCAUCAAGCCAGAAGCCGACAUGGCGCCCGACAGCCGCAGCCAACCAGAGUCCACCAUGAACACUCCUGCACAGGGAUCCACAGAGUUUGGCUUCGUUAGACCAGAGACCUACUGAGCAACACUCGCUGCUCCUCAUUUCCUGUGCCUUUUAGGUGCCUGUUCCCUUUUUUGCUUCUUUGGUUCCAUUUGUUCCACGUUUUGGUGUAAUUCUCGAUAGUGUCGGCUUAAGGUACGAUCGCAUUAGUCUGGAAUUAGCGGUCUGAUACUGUAGUAAUAGUAACAUAAUGAUGAUGCACUCUAAAGCGAGGUCAAAUCCGCACAGUGAAAUUUGAUCAAAGCGUCUGAACUGCAAAUCUCCCAAGGCCAGCUGCAGAUUGCAUCUCGACAGGAAAGCAUCGCUUGAGUUUGCCAGAUAUUCGGCUUUAAUUGAAGUCGAAGAAAGACGGAGUGAAUGGUUGCAGGAUGGAAGUGUAAUGUGAUCGUACCUUUACUCAUGUUACUCAGCUUUUAUACACGCCUCCACCUCUUACAUGAUCGGAAUAAAUGAUAAUGAAAUUAGCCAAAAAAAAAGCACAUGUAGUUCAGACACAGUAAAUUGUAUGAGUUUAUACGAAUGAUAAAAAUUCUACGCAGGAAUCAAAAAUUGAAUCAUAAGUUAUGUCCGGGCUGUAAUGAAAAGCCAAAAGAUCAUGUCAUUUUAAAUGGUAUGAAGUCGUUGCUCUUGCAGAUUUAGCCUCAAGUUCUCUGCCAGCCAUAAGAUUUCUGCUAAAAGAUCAGAAGCAACACAUUAAAACGACACCUGUGAAUCAUGUCCUCUCUCAUUUUAGCAGCAGGUUCUACCAUUUAGGCCAUGUUGCUUAAAAGAGUAAAUUAUAUUAAGCAGCCAGCUGAGGCCUGUGUCACAAAAUGGAAACGGGGCUACCUAUUUAAAAUUGUGAAGCCUCAGUUGAGUAUUUUCUUUCUGUGUAACCAGGUGACCUUUUUUUUUCCUCUGGGCUGGGUACAUGACUGCAGUUGUGGUUUCUAAAUAUCUGUAUGAAUUACAAGUAUUGAAUAAUGAAAUAAACGACAUUGCUUCAAUGUUAAGUCCAUCAUCAUGAACCUCUGUCUGGUUUUGAGGCUCAGUUUUAUCAGUGAUUUUUAAGACUGAUCAUUCCAUUUUUCUGUAAUUAUGUGCAAGAAAAUAUCAGUCAUGAUCUCAAAUGUUUUCAUUCUUUUUUUGUUUUGUUGGCAUUUUUGUGUCAAUUAAAAUCCUCUGUUGUACUUUGAUACACCCCUGCAUUUUUAUGUCUCACAAUCAUGUUUUUAACUGAAAUGUUAUUUUAAAGCCAAAAUCUUCCAACUACAUGAACUAGGCUAGAGAUUUUGCAUAAUGUUAUGAUAGGAUUGACAUAACCUGGGGAUUAUUACCAUCCAUACAUCUAGAAUUUAGAGCUCUUAGUGUUGAAUUGGACAGAAAACGUUUUAAAAAAAAUGUUUUUACUUUUUCCACUCUGUUUUUCCAUUGUGUCUGAGGGUAGUGAUUGGUUAGUACCAGUAAAGUAGUGCUAACAUGGGAAUCUGUUCUGUGUCAUGUCAUUCAGUUAAAUCAUGCAGGGUUUUGUUUUUCAAUAAACACAUUAACAACG